UUGGCGGCUGAGAGGCCAGCCAAUGACAGGCUAGCACGCUGCCCCUGCCUGGACCUGAGCUACAUGGAGCCGCCGUGCAUUCUGUAAAAGAGGCUGAGCGUGUGCCCAGCCGGCAGUGAAUGGUCAGCUUCCUUGCGUGUGCUGAGCGAUAUCUGUGGAGCUAUAGACUGUCAUGGGCUGUGAGAAAUUCUGGGGGCCACUGCUCUUCCUUACGAUGACACUUCUAAUAGUGUCUUGUGAGGAGGAUAGACAAGAAACAACACUUGAAGAAACAGAGAUUAAAGAAGAAGCCGGAGUCUUGGUGCUAAAUGAUGCAAACUUUGAUACUUUUAUGGCAGAUAAGGACACUGUACUUGUAGAAUUUUAUGCUCCAUGGUGUGGGCACUGCAAGCAGUUUGCUCCAGAGUAUGAAAAAAUUGCACAAACAUUAAAGGAAAAUGAUCCACCUAUACCUGUUGCUAAAGUAGAUGCUACAGAGGCUACGAAGGUUGCUGACAAAUAUGAUAUUAGUGGAUAUCCUACAAUAAAGAUUUUCAAGAAAGGCCAGGCUGUUGAUUAUGAAGGAUCACGUACAGAAAAAGAAAUUGUUGAUAAAGUAAAAGCUGUUUCAGAUCCCAACUGGACGAUCCCACCUGAAGCAACAAUAGUAUUAACUGAAGCAAACUUUGAUGAGGUGGUAGAAGCUGCAGAUAUCAUACUAGUUGAAUUUUAUGCACCAUGGUGUGGACAUUGCAAAAAGCUUGCACCAGAAUAUGAAAAAGCUGCACAGGAGCUUAGUAAGCGUACACCAGCAAUACCACUUGCAAAAGUCGAUGCCACUGCAGAAGUAAAACUUGCUGAAAGAUACAAGGUGUCUGGAUAUCCCACACUAAAGGUUUUUCGUAAAGGCAAAUUGUAUGAUUAUAAUGGACCAAGAGAAAAAUAUGGAAUUAUUGACUUUAUGAUUGAACAGGCUGGUCCACCAUCAACUUUAGUCCAGACUGUAAAGCAAGUGCAGGAGCACUUGAGAGAUGGAAAUGAUGUCAUAGUUAUUGGAUUUUUCACUGGUAACCAUGAAAAGGAAUUUCAGCUUUAUCAGGAUGCAGCAAAUAUUUUAAGAGAUGAUUUCAAGUUUUACCAUACCUUCAGCUCAGAAAUUGCAAGCUUCUUAAAAGUGCAAACUAGACAGCUUGUUGUUAUUCACCCAGACAGAUUUCAGUCCAAGUAUGAACCAAAGAAACACUUGUUUAACAUUGAAGAUUCUACAAGUGAGGAAGACCUGAAGGAGCAUGUCUUGAAGUAUGCUUUGCCUUUGGUUGGUCACAGAACAAAAACAAAUGAAGCAAAAAGAUACAAUAAGCGUCCUCUUGUAGUUGUUUAUUACACUGUAGAUUUCGGUUUUGACCAUCGCACUGCUACUCAGUACUGGCGCAACAAAGUUUUGGAUGUUGCAAAAGACUUUCCAGAAUAUACCUUCUGCAUUGCUAAUGAAGAUGAUUAUGCAUCUGAAUUAAAAGAUCUUGAAUUAGGUGACACUGGAGAGGAAGUGAAUGUUGCAAUUUUGGAUGCUAGUGGCAAAAAAUAUGCCAAAGAGCCUGAAGAGUUUGAUUCUAAUUCACUUCGAGAGUUUGUGAUGGACUUCAAGAAAGGUAAACUCACUCCAGUUUUGAAGUCACAACCUGUACCCAAGAAAAAUAAAGGGUCUGUUAAAUUAGUAGUUGGAAAAACCUUUGAACAGAUUGUAAUGGAUAAAAGGUCAGAUGUACUGAUAGAGUUUUAUGCACCAUGGUGUGGACACUGUAAAUCACUUGAACCAGUUUACAAUGACUUGGGUAAAAAAUACAGAUCAGUACCAAAUCUUGUUAUAGCCAAGAUGGAUGCUACUGCCAACGAUAUACCCAUUGACAAAUACAAAGUAGAAGGAUUUCCAACUAUAUAUUUUGCACCAAAGAACAGAAAACAUAACCCAAUUAAAUUCCAAGGUCAUGACAGAGAUCUAGAAGGUUUGUCCAAGUUUAUUGAAGAACACAGAGCAAAAAUUAAGGAGGAACUUUAAAAAAAUUAUUUCUGCAAAAAAAAAAAAAAAAUUUUUGUAUCUGGUAUAUGUACCAGUAUUACACAGUUGCUGGAAACAUGACUUAAAUAGCUGAGAUUCUUGUCAAUACAGAUUGAGAGUGAUUUGUAAACAUGUAUACAGUUGCAAAAAAAAAAGUAUGCGAACCCUUUAGAAUGAUAUGGAUUUCUGCACAAA